AUGUCGCUGGCGUGGCGGGGAAGGGGAGUUUGCAGCUUGGCUUUGCAAGGCUCUCCCGGGGCGCUGGGGAUGCUGCGGGACCUGGGUGGCGUGGGCUGGCCUCGGGAGGCUCUGGAGAGCCAGGCUGGGGCAGAAACUGAGACCAAUUUCGAGGGAAUUGAGAGCAAGUUUUCCUUACGGACGCCUGCAGAGCCUGACGAAGAUGUCUGCUACCUGGUUCCUGGGCAGGUGGACAGCCUGGCACAGUGCAACUUCAACCAUACCAGUAAAACCUUUGUGGUGAUCCAUGGGUGGACGGUAACAGGAAUGUAUGAAAGCUGGGUCCCGAAGUUGGUGGAUGCUCUGUACAAGAGGGAACCUGAUUCAAACGUCAUUGUCGUGGACUGGCUAAUUCGAGCUCAGCAGCACUACCCAGUGUCUGCUGCAUACACUAAGCUGGUGGGAAAGGACGUUGCUAUGUUUAUUGACUGGAUGGAGGAGCAAUUCAAUUAUCCUCUCAACAAUGUCCACUUGCUGGGGUACAGUCUAGGUGCUCAUGCUGCUGGGAUUGCUGGGAGCCUGACCAAGAAGAAGGUGAACAGAAUUACUGGGCUGGAUCCAGCUGGUCCUACCUUUGAGUAUGCUGAUGCCCUCACCCGCCUCUCUCCGGAUGAUGCUGACUUUGUGGAUGUCCUACACACCUACACUCGAGGCUCUCCAGACCGCAGCAUUGGGAUCCAGAAGCCUGUUGGACACAUCGAUAUUUAUCCUAAUGGUGGAGGUUUCCAGCCAGGUUGCAACUUGGGAGAAGCACUCCGUCUGAUUGCUGAAAAAGGCUUUGCAGAUGUGGAUCAGCUGGUGAAAUGCUCUCAUGAACGAUCCAUCCACCUCUUCAUUGACUCCCUCCUCUAUGAAGAAAAGCCCAGCAUGGCCUACCGCUGCAACACAAAGGAGGCCUUUGAGAAGGGUCUCUGCCUGAGCUGCCGUAAGAACCGCUGCAACAAUUUGGGUUACAAGGUCAACAGAGUGAGAACGAAGAGAAACACCAAAAUGUACUUGAAGACCCGUGCUCAGAUGCCCUAUAAAGUCUUCCAUUACCAGGUCAAGAUCCAUUUCUUUGGAAAGACUAAUACAACCAAGACAAACCAGCCAUUCCUGAUCUCUCUCUAUGGCACUCUAGAUGAGAGUGAGAAUAUUGCUUUCACACUACCUGAAGUCUCCUCAAACAAGACCUUCUCCUUCCUGAUUUACACAGAAGUGGACAUUGGUGACCUGCUUAUGCUGAAGCUGCAGUGGGAGAAAGACACCUUCUUCAGCUGGUCAGACUGGUGGACUCCUUUUACAUUUGACAUCCAAAGAGUCAGAGUGAAGUCAGGAGAAACUCAGAAAAAGGUAGUGUUCUGUUCUCGAGAGGGCACCUCACAUCUCAGUAAGGGAGAAGAGGCAGCAAUAUUCGUGAAAUGCUUGGAUCAGCCCGUCAACAGGAAGAAAGGAGGUGCCAAGAAAGCCUCUAAAGAAAAUUCUGCUUAUGAAUCUGCUUAAGUUAUAAGAAUGAAGAUUUUCCACACUGGGGAGGAGGAGAGUCUGUUCAUCCCUGUGGACUGGAUGUUCAGAACCAAAUAUAUAGAAAUAUUUAUCCGCUGCUGGCUUUUUGCCUGCUAUUCCUAGCUAUCUUAGGAGACUUUUUGUAAGGAAGUCUCAGCAUACAAAGUUACUAACCAUAAAAAUACAUUAUCCAAAUAAUUAAAAACAAAAAGAAACCCGCAAAACAACUUGCCAAAGGCUUGAGUGCUGGGAAGGAAUAAGUAAUUUUGCUUAAUCAUGGUGCCUUGUGACAAGGUUUCUUGACAUCAAAUCCUCUAUAGCAAUUUUCUAGUAUUUAUUGAAAAGAAGCAAAGCCCUGU